AUGUCGAUCGAGGCGCAACUUCAUAUCACCCCCUACGCUUUUCCGACUCGAAACACCGGAAGAGUCCGACACGAAGACUGCCUUGUCGAUGCUGUGCUCAGCGUGAUGAGUGGGACGUCAACAAUGGCGUUGCGUGGGCGAAUGCGCUGGUGUUCAGCUGUGAAGGUGUUGAUGAAUGAAUUGUGGCACCCAAUUCUUGUGAAAGAGACAGCGCCCUGGCCGCCGUGUGCCACCCUCCUAAGUCGUUGCGCCCACCAACAUCACAUGAACCCUGUUUGA